AUGCCCGAUGCAUAUAUCGGCAAGGAAUAUACGUACUGUACCUGGACAGAUAAGCUAGCAGCGACACCCGACGGAGCAAAAGCACAACCGAGCAUCGAAGCUUCCACCGCCGGCCAAGAGGUGACGCCCUCUGCAGCAGCAGCAGCACCGGCGCGCCAUCCCAACAAGCUUCAGACCCUGGUGCGCACGCAGUCGACGCUCAUGUUCUGGUCUCGGGUUCGCGGCGGCCUCCCGCCGCAGAGGGGCAAGUCCGGGCGCGGGGUUCGCUUGUCCGAGCUGGCGGACAUGAUGGACUCGGGCGGCGGUGGCGGUGCGGGUGGUGGCGGUGCUGGCAAUAAGCCCGGGUGCCUGAUGAGGCGAAGCGUGAAUUUGAAGGCCACGCGGCCGCGGACGGAGAUCCGCAUCCCGCCGGACGAGAACCUGCUCAGUCAGUUCGUGGAGAAAACGCCGCUGGAUAAAGCCAUUCAGUGCAGCCCGUCCAUGUCUGAACACUGGGUGAGCACUGAGCAUUCUGAGAAACACAGCCAGGGUGUGAAUCAUGUUGAAGGAGGCUGGCCAAAAGACAUCAAUGCCAUGGAACCAGAUCAAACCCAAAGAUUCCGCAAGAAAAUAGAAAAAGAGGAAGGCUUUGUCCAGACUGUCAAAGAACUUGGAAAUGUGAUGACCCAUUGCAUCAUGCAGAACAAUGCAGUGGACAUUUACCAAGACUACUUUGACACUUCAUCUCAUGUAGCAGUCACUGAAUCUACUGGCAAAUUGGACACUGACAGUGACAGCCCUUCUGCCAAAAUUGUGAGCACUGAGCAUUCUGAGAAACACAGCCAGGGUGUGAAUCAUGUUGAAGGAGGCUGGCCAAAAGACAUCAAUGCCAUGGAACCAGAUCAAACCCAAAGAUUCCGCAAGAAAAUAGAAAAAGAGGAAGGCUUUGUCCAGACUGUCAAAGAACUUGGAAAUGUGAUGACCCAUUGCAUCAUGCAGAACAAUGCAGUGGACAUUUACCAAGACUACUUUGACACUUCAUCUCAUGUAGCAGUCACUGAAUCUACUGGCAAAUUGGACACUGACAGUGACAGCCCUUCUGCCAAAAUUGUUGCAGUUUUCAAAGACUUCUCAGAGACCACAGCAGGUGCUUGUGGGAUGUCUGGAGACAAAAGAUCUGCCUGCAAAGUAUCCUGGUCCCCUGAUGCUGGCAGGAAGCUUGCUGUUGCCUAUGCUGUUGUCCACUUCAGUGGUGUGAAACCUGAUAUUGCAAAGGAAUCCUGUGUCUGGGAUAUUGACAAUGUAAGCAACAAGUUGCCACUCCCACCAAACAUGCCAUGUACCUCUUGUCCAAACAUAGCAUUAGCAUCUGGAUUCCAUUUAAUGUGCUUGGUCAAUACAAUGCCAGAGAAUGCAAAUGUUCCUGAACUGGUGCUGGAGUCAAAGACAAACCUGGUUGCCCUGGAAUUUAACCCAAAAGACUGUAAUAUCCUGGCUGGGGGCAUGGACAAGGGCCAGGUGUGCUGGUGGGACAUAAGAAGAGGACCUGUGCCAGUGGAAACCACUCCUGUUCACGUGUCUCAUACUGAGCCUGUCUAUUCUCUCACUUGGAUCAACUCAAAGCAGGGCACUGAGUGGUUCACUGCUGCCAAUGAUGGAAAAGUGAGUAAAGUGGCACUAUGUACCAGGAAAGCAAAGAAUCCAGCUGAGAGGAUCUUGAAUGUGUAUGGUGCUCAUGCUGGGCCAGUGUAUGCUGUACAGAGGAACCCUAGUGCACUGAAGAAUUUCUUGACCAUUGGAGACUGGUCUGCCAAAAUUUGGGCAGAAGAUGUCAGAGACUCGGCCAUUAUCUCCACAAAGGCACAACCUGCUCGCUUGAUCGAUGGCUGCUGGAACCCGACACGGCCAUGCACUUUCUACACUGCAAACCUCAACGGAGUCCUGGACGCAUGGGACAUCUUGGCCUAUCACUCAAAGCCGAUUUUCAGCUUGCAGGUGACAUUUUUCUUCUUUUUUCUUGAAUUAAUAUUUAUACAUUUUAAUAUGAUGCAUUCCCAGGUUUGUGAUGAGGGACUUCAGUGCAUCAGAGUUGAGGAAUCUGGUCAUUUGCUGGCUGCUGGUUCUGUGGAGGGAAAUACUUACCUUAUACAAGUGUCAGAGUCUCUCAAUAGGAUGUCCAAGAAUGAGAGAACAUUGAUGACUGCUGUGAGUAAUCCUAUUUUACUUUUGGAGAGAGAAGCCCAUAGAGAGAAACUGUUGGAGCAAAGAGUCAAAGAGCAAAGGGUCAGAGAAAGGAGCAGUGGCAGGGUUGCCAAUAACACACCUGGAACACCUGGACCAAAUCAUGAAGAAAGAUUCCUCAUGCCCAUGGAUCAUGAAGCCAUGGAGAAAGCGAAAAAGGACUAUCUGUCUGCUGUUAAAGCAACUAUUUUCAAAUUGUGA